UGUCCGCGUUGACGAUUACCGACUGACGUACAGUAGUCAUCGAUUUAUAUAAAAGAGAAUUGUUUCAUUUUGUGUAUAUUCAAACAUAUAUUGUGCGGGACUAUGGGUCUAACAAUUUCUAGUGUUUUUACAAGGCUCUUUGGCAAAAAACAAAUGCGUAUUCUAAUGGUGGGACUCGAUGCCGCUGGCAAAACAACAAUACUUUACAAGUUAAAACUUGGUGAAAUUGUGACCACCAUACCGACUAUCGGCUUCAAUGUUGAAACUGUAGAAUACAAAAACAUCAGCUUUACUGUUUGGGAUGUUGGCGGUCAAGACAAGAUUAGGCCGCUCUGGCGCCACUACUACCAGAACACGCAAGGAUUGAUAUUUGUUGUUGAUUCAAGUGACACGAAGAGAAUAGCAGAAGCAGAAAAUGAGCUUGCCAAUAUGUUAAAGGAAGAUGAGUUGAACGAUGCAGUCAUUUUGGUGUUUGCCAAUAAGCAAGAUAUGCCAAAUGCUAUGACUGCAGCUGAACUUACAAAUGCAUUAAACUUAAACAAUUUAAGGAACCGACGUUGGUAUAUUCAAGCUACGUGUGCCACUCAAGGGCAAGGGCUCUAUGAAGGACUAGACUGGCUGUCGAAUGAAUUGGCAAAGAAAUGAGUGGAAGCUGUACUACUGGGAAAUAACACCGCUUUCCUGAAUUAACAUGCCAACCUUCCAUAUUGAGAAUGUUGUUGAAACUAAAAAUUUGAGACUAAAUUUUUAAUGUAACUUAAAUUUUAUCUUUAUUUAAUAUUUAUUAAGUGAGUGCCAGAUUUUGAAUAUUGUAUAAUCUUCAUAUAACAUUUUUAUAUUCCUUUUAAAGCUUAAAAAGUCUGCUUCAAUACAAUUUAUACAAAAAAAAAAGUGUCCUGUAAAGUUAUAUUUCUGUGUUACACUUUUAAAUAAAUGAAACCAAAAUAAAUACUAAUUUAUAUAGGUAAAAAUUUUCUGUAAUUAAAAAUUUGUUCACAAAUUGAGUUUGAUUUGAACUGCUUCUGUAUGUUUUGUGUAAAUUUAUUGAAAUUGACUUAUUACUAUGGUUCAUAUAAAUUGUCUACUAGCUAUAUAACAUUGUGGAUUGCAUUUUAUAUAAUUUCUAUCUUAUUAAAACUAAGGUGUUUAUUUUCCAUGGAUCUAUUUAAUAUGUUUGAUAAUAAAAUAUUGUCUAUAAUUAUUGUAGUUUUGAUGGCUUUGUAAUUUUUUUAUAAUUAAAAAAAAGGUAACUAUAUAAAAUGCAAACCAGAUUAACGAUCCUUACAUUGUUUAAAUUACUGUGCCUCAGAUAUGCAUCAUAAUAUUUUAAUAAUAUUUAAAAGCUUAUAAUAAUUAUGAUAUUUGAAACAUUCGCAUUCCAAUAUUUUUGUCAAUGAACUCUAUUUAUCCUGUACUUAACUUAAGAUUGGCUUUCAAGAAUUGUAUUUAUAUUUAAUAAAACCAAAAUACAAGCAUUUAUAUUCAUUAAAAUGUUAUAAUUACAUGUAUUGUGUUAUGUAUAUGUAUCAGAAUGUUAUGAAAGUUAAAGUAGAUAGGAGAAUAGAAGACACCCUUGAUGUUUACUAUUAUUAUAUAAUAUUAUGAAAAGUUAUUUUAGGUUUUAUUUGCACGAAUUUUAUUAUAACAUAUUUAGUUAGUGUUAAUGUAUUACCAACUAUCUGAUAAUUAUUUUUAAAAUCAAGAUAAUGUAUAUGAAUUAAUAAUUUAUUGUGUAAUCAAGUAUAAACAUGUUAGUAGAGCACAAAACUUAAGUUUUGCUAUUUAUAAAUGUUGUAGAAUGUAUUUUAAAAAAUGUGUAAAAACAAUAUUGUUCAUCAGUUCAACAAAGUAAACAUUUCUCUUUUAGUGCCUAUUUUCAUGCUCUUGAUUAGUGUGAAAGAUUCUUGUUAAUUGGAAAGUUCCAAAAAUAACUUAUACAGUUGAAUUUAAAUAAUCGGCAAAUGUAAGUCACAUUAAUAAUAAAAAUACAGACAACAAUAAUUAUUAAUUCAGUUUUAUUUUAUCUUUUAUAUACAGUUAAGUCAGAGUUUUUAAAUCCAAAGUAUAUAUAUCUGUUUAUACAUUGGACAUUUCAAAUAUAAAGUUCAUAGUUUUUUAA